CGAUUUGAAAUUUCGAUGGUAUUCAAGUUUGAUCUCUUGGGUAAUUUCAAGCAAUUGGUUGGUAUAGCUUGUCAAUUGAGCUGAGGGGAUUAUUAUAAAUAUAAGGUCAAUUUCUGCCUAAAAGGUGUUUUUUCAACUAUUUUCUUCAUCAAUUCAAUUGAUUUAUACUACUCAAACAAUAUAAUAAAAAUGGUUUUUGGUUUCGGUUCUGACGAUAAAAAAGAUAAACACUCUUCCAACUCCGACUCUUAUGGUUCUUCCGGCAGAGGUGGUAACGACUCUUAUGGUUCUUCUGGCAGAGGUGGUAACGACUCCUAUGGUUCUUCUGGAAGAGGUGGUAACGACUCCUAUGGAUCAUCCAACUCUGAUUCUUACGGAUCCCUGAACAAACACGGUUCUUCAGGUAACUCUGGUUCAUAUGGAUCAUCCAACUCUGAUUCUCACGGAUCCCUGAACAAACACGGUUCUUCAGGUAACUCUGGUUCUUAUGGAUCAUCCAACUCUGAUUCUUACGGAUCNCUGAACAAACACAGUUCCGGUAACUCUGGUUCUUAUGGAUCAUCCAACUCUGAUUCUUACGGAUCCCUGAACAAACACAGUUCCGGUAACUCUGGUUCUUAUGGAUCAUCCAACUCUGAUUCUUACGGAUCCCUGAACAAACAUAGUUCUGGUUCUGGUUCUGGUUCUGGUUCUGGUUCUUACGGUUCCUCGAACUCUAACUCAUAUGGUUCCUCUGGUAGAGGUGGUAACGACUCUUACGGCUCCUCCAACUCUGACUCCUAUGGUUCCUCUGGUAGAGGUGGUAACGAUUCUUACGGCUCCUCUGGUAGAGGUGGUAAUGACUCUUACGGCUCCUCUGGUAGAGGCGGUAAUGACUCUUACGGUUCUUCUGGUAGAGGCGGUAAUGACUCUUACGGCUCUUCUGGUAGAGGCGGUAAUGACAGAUAUUAA